CUGGAUUAAACUACCAACAGCAGCAGGAGGAGUGUGAACCACACACAACACAACCUGCAACUGUACACACUGUGCCUUGUGCAAAAGAAAGCCCCACGUAAACGUGCUGCUAUAUGCAUUUAUACCAAAGAAAGAUUAGGUUAGGUUGACUCGCAGUUGUUGUUGACCUCGUCUGACAGAGACAAGCCGAGACGACAGCUGCUGUCCAUCAUGGCGGGCGAUAUGAUAUUAGUGAUGCGCGGCUUGGCUAAAUUGAGCCAGGCUGUUGUAGAGACUCAGAGCAGCACCCUGCGCACUGGAGCAGGUGUUGCUGCUGCUGUCCAGAGUGUCCAAUCAGCUGCUGAGCAGAGCCUCUCAGCUGCUAUGAUGAAAAUGCAGGAGAUGACUGGCCAGCAGCAGACCUCUUCAACGGAGUCAGAAUUUGACUUUCCUCAGGAUGACAGUGCAUUCGCAGAGUUCAAGGACGAAGGUGUGGACUUUACAGUGGCUCACCAAGGAAUGAGUGAAGACAUCGCAGCAGCAGGAGCGAGCCAUGUCAGCGGCAAACAGUCGUUGUUCGAUGGAUACAAAGAUCCCAGCAAACAGUUUAGCGGACACACCAGAUCUUACCACCAAGACAUCAGACAUUUCUACAGCCACGGUCUAAACAGGCAUGUGUGGGGACAGCUAUACUGCCAGCAUCAGCUCAGGAGCUACCAUCAGGACCCGUCCACAGUUGGAGGGCUGACGGCCGAAGACAUCGAGAAAGCAAGACAGGGCAAGAAGGUGGAGAUCAAAUCACACAAACAGAUGUUGAGUGAGAGAGCCAGAGAGAGGAAAGUGCCAGUGUCUCGGCUCAGCAGACUGGCCAACUUUGGAGGUCUAGCUGUAGGUCUGGGGAUUGGAGCACUUGCAGAAGUUGCCAAGAAGGGCAUGAGACAGAAUACCGAAGGUGAUAAGAAACGUGUCCUGGACUCCAGCCCCUUCCUGUCCGAGGCCAACGCUGAGCGCAUCGUCAGAACCCUGUGUAAAGUCAGAGGAGCUGCGUUGAAAGUGGGACAGAUGCUCAGUAUUCAAGAUGAUGCAUUCAUCAACCCUCAACUCGCCAAGAUCUUUGACCGUGUCAGACAGAGCGCUGACUUCAUGCCAAUCAAGCAAAUGACGAAAGCACUUAACGGCGACCUUGGUCCUAACUGGCGAGACAAGCUGGAAUCGUUUGAGGAGCGUCCGUUCGCUGCGGCGUCGAUCGGACAAGUUCACCUGGCCCGGAUGAAGGACGGCAGGGAGGUGGCCAUGAAAAUACAGUACCCCGGUGUGGCUCAGAGUAUCGACAGUGACGUCAACAACCUGAUGACAGUGCUGAAUAUUAGCAAUGCCCUGCCUGAAGGUCUGUUUCCAGAGCACCUGAUAGACGUUAUGAGAAGAGAGCUAGCAUUAGAGUGCGAUUAUAUAAGAGAAGCCCAGUGUGCAAAGAAAUUCAGGGAGUUUCUAAAGGACCAAACGUUCUUCUACGUACCAGAGGUGAUAGAGGAGCUGAGCAGCGCCCACGUCCUGACCACAGAGCUGGUCCCCGGGUUCCCCCUGGACCAGGCUGACGGCCUCACACAGGACCUGAAGAACGAGAUCUGUGAGAACAUCUUGAAGUUGUGCCUCAGAGAGCUGUUUGAGUUCAGGUACAUGCAGACGGACCCCAACUGGUCCAACUUCUUCUAUGAUCCGCAGACACACAGGGUGGCGCUGUUGGACUUUGGAGCCACAAGAGGAUUUGACAAGAGUUUCACAGAUCCCUACAUAGAGGUAAUCCGUUCAGCUGCCGAGGGUGACAGAGAAGGAGUAGCGAAGAAAUCUAUUGAAAUGAAAUUCCUGACCGGGUAUGAAUCCAAGGCGAUGAUAAACGCCCAUGUGGACGCAGUGAUGAUCCUCGGCGAGGCCUUUAACUCCACAGACACGUUUGAAUUUGGCGCCCAGUCCACCACGGAGAGAAUCCACAACCUGAUCCCUGUGAUGCUCAAACAACGGCUCACCCCUCCUCCAGAGGAGACGUACUCCCUGCACCGCAAGAUGGGCGGCUCCUUCCUCAUCUGCGCACGGCUGAACGCCAAACUGAACUGUAAGGACAUGUUCCAAAAUACGUAUGCAAAGUACUGGGAAGGCCGCACACCCCCUGCUCGCUAAGCCAAUCACAAGUGUGAGGCGAUGUGAUGGAUCCCGGGGCCAAGGAGUCGAAGGUGAGGUUGUGGUGUUAAGACGCACAACUGCAGAGCGGAGGCCAUGUUUCCCGCCAUUAACUGGUCAUCGAGCACCAACUUAUUUUCCCCAUUAAGGGCCACCCACUACAAUGAGUUUCUAAAAGGCAUUUAAACCUAAUAACAGCCAUAAUGUCUUGUGUGAAACAGACUGAAAAGGGACAUAAACAAAAAGCCUUGUAUGUCCAGGUAAAAAAUGAAUGUAAAAAGGUUUGAAAUUAUCUCUCCUCAGAUGAUUUGUGCUUUUUGUUUUGUUUUGCAUUGCUGUGUUUUGUUUAACUUUUGGAAAAUUCACACCAACUGUUGAGUUUUGCCAUAAAGGAAAUGUCAUGGAUGAAAAACUGAAAGAUUGUACUAAGAAAUGCAACUCUUUAUGUAAUUUAUGGUCAGUAUGAGGCACAGUGUAGGCGAGGACCAACAUAUUUGGGAAGUUUUAUUAGAUUUCUUGACGGCACUUAUACUGCUUGGUCUAAAUUUAGACGGCUAUAUAAAAGCAGCAGUCUUGAUGAGAACAAAAUGGAUGAUAACCUUUUCCAAGCAUUUCAGUUCAGUUUGAUUAUUUAUGUGGUCGUAAAAAUGACGAACUGGAAUUUGUCGGCAUUCACACAUACUGUAAGAGGCUGACUUGAAACUAAUAUAAGUACCUUUUCUGUAUCAGUAGAGCCAUCCAAAUUCCAGUUGCUGUUUGUAGCGUUUAGCUUUUAAAUGAGAAACGGUCUGGACAGAAUAAAAAAUGCUGUUUAUCAGCACCAACAUGAUAUUCAUUCACGUGUUAACCCACUUUGAGUUAGAUCACUUGUAUUCUGUUUGUGUCUUGCGACAAAACUCUAUAGAGCUUCUGUUCAUCUUUUAUGUCCCUCCUGAUGAUGUUUUUUCAAACUGUCUACAUGAGCUCAUGAAUUCCAGUUGAUAACUAACACAAUGUUAGCAUUAUCGAUCAGAAUUUAGAUUCUGUUAUACAUUAUUCAUUUUUAUUUUAGUGCUGUACCAAAGCAGGAUUUAUCUCUGUUCAAUUGUAUGUUAAAUGAAACCACAUGGAUCUAUGUUUCUCACUGUAAGAAGUCUGAGCAUGAAAACCUGUAUUUAGACAUGAAUGGUAAUAUCCUGGAUGGAUACGCUCAUCACGAUAUCAUACAGUCUAUCAGACACGCUAAGUAGGCUCACUUUCCUUCCACAAGACUUACAUCUUUCCACUCCUUCUCAGGUGUCAAAUCUUCCUUUCCUGGCCUGUGUACAACUGUCAAACUUCUCCCUGCUGUGCUGUUUGAAUACGGUUAUAAUGUUGUAAAAAAUGAAAAAAAAGGGGCCUGUAGUUCCCAGUGGAAUGCUUUUAGCUUUAUAAUACAUAUCAAGACUUGUGAUAAGAUGGUUUAUAUUUCUAAUCAAACUGAAAGUUGUGAUAAAGAUAUUGUAUGGAUA